AUGCCUCCAGCCAAGGUCUCCCGCGUGGCCAAGAGUUCCCGUGUGGUCAAGAAGCCGGUCACUGCAAGCGCACCUCGAAGCAAGACAUCCGAGACCGCGUCUUCGAAGAAGAAACAGAAGAUACGCGCCUCAGCCAAAAAGUCAAAGACUCCGAAGCCAGCUGAGACUACAAUCGUCAUCGCAGGCCACAAGCGGUCCAUUGUCGUUGUCGAAGAAGACAGCAAUGACGACGGCAUGAUUCAACCCAGAAAACGACGCAGAACUGGCGGCAACACUAACGCUCACGAUUACCACGCCGCGAGACCCAAUACGGGUCGCUACAGCGGCAUCUUAUCAAGAACAGACACCCCGGAGUCGGAACCGGAGCCGGAGCCCAAGAGCCUUGGUUGCCCCUUUCUUCGAAUCCCCCUCGAGAUCAGAGAGGAUAUCUACAAGUACAUCUUGGUCGCCGACGAGCCCAUCCGAGUCCACCAGGGCUGGUCCGCAGUCUACCCCCGGAACAGAGUAGGCAUCCGCACCGACCUCAUCCGAACGUGCCGCCAAGUUAGAAAGGAGGCUCUCAACACCCUCUACGGCGAAAACACGUUCCUCUACCUCCUCCGCGACGCCGCCAAACUUCCCGCCCUUAACGCGCAGGGCGAGAACGAGAUCGUGGUCCAGCACCCGCUCGCCACCGACGACGACGCCCUCUCCGACUACGAGGCAGACAGCGCGGACGAGGACUCUGACGGAGAAGACGAUGUCACCAACGGGCCCUCGUCAUUCCUGGCCGACGGCCACACGGCAGCCGACAUUGAUAUCCGCCGCUUCGGCCACAAGUUCCGCAAGCUCAUGAUCGUCGCCGAGGCCAACCGCGCCAACGCGCCCUACCGCCUCAGCAUGGCCAACGCCAUCAACGUCUUCCGCGGCCUGCGGCCCAUCCGCCCGCGCAUCCACACCCUCACCAUCGACAUCACGCCCCAGCGCGACCCGCGCACGGGCGACGUCUCGUUUCUCGACUUUUUCGAGCGGUCUUCCGAGGUCGUCCGCACGCUCCGCGGCCUGCCGUGUCAGUUUAUCGAGAUUCUCGUCAACACGGGCGUCAGCGUCGGUAGCAGCAGCAGCGGCGGUGAUGGCGAUGGUAGCGGUGGCGAUGGAAGUGAUAACCCAGGAAAACAACGACAAGGCCAAGAGAAGAUCGUCCUCAACAUGAAGUACGCGGCCAACAUCCGGCGCGCCAAGCGCGGCGAGAAGGACCUCUGGCGCGACGACAGGGUCAUGCAGUCGUACCGCAGCGCCAAGGCGGGCGAGGCGCAGAAGAAGCUCGACUCGUUGCCGGCUGCGAUCCGCAAGAUUUGGGAGGCCUCGAAUGGGCAGUUCAAGCGCCGUCAGCAGGACGAGUUCGGCGAUGACGAAGACGAUUAUUGCUAUGAGGAUUGGGAGGAUUCUCUUCUCUUUCAGGAUGGGGCUUUUUGA